AUGAAAGACGUAUUUAAAGGGCCUUUUCAUUUUUCUGGAAUAACAGUAGCAGAAUUGAAUGGAAAAUUAAUUACUUUAAGAUCAUCCAAUGAUGCCAAAGGAAUGCAAGAAUUGGACAAAUCUGAGAUUACAUUGUUUCCUGUUUUAUCUUUACCAUCAUUUCUUGAAAUUAAUCAUGUAUCUAAAGAUGAUAAUACACAGACAAAAAAAAGCAGUUUAUAUUAUAAUGAGAUACUUCAGUUGUUUAAAUUAGUUUUUCAAACAUUUCGAAUGAUUCCUCAAACUCCACUUGAUUUGUUGAUUCGAUCUGAUAGAAGACCGAAAAAUAAUGCACAAACUCUUAUAUCUCAUAUUUCAUGGCAUAAAAUAAUACCGAUUAUUGCACUUUCUCAUGUCAAAGGGGCUAUUUUUAUUUAUGAUUUUAGAAUUUGUUCUUAUCUUAAAUAUCAUCUUUCUAGUCCUCCACUUGCAUCAAUUACUUGUUUAGCAUUUUCAAAACAAAAUAGAUUAGUUGUAGGCUAUGAUAACGGGCAACUGUUAUUAUGGACGAUGGAUUUAAGUGUAGGAUCAACUUCAAAUAAGACUAAGGCUUAUUGUAAACAACUUAUUCUUGUAAAACCAUCUUGUUUUUCAGAUUUUCCAUGUGGGUCUAUAGCUGAUCUUGCAUUUUCUCAGACAGGCAGGCAAAUUUUCAUUGCUACAUCAAAAGGUGCAUGGGUAUAUGAUUUAAUAUUUUCUGAAGCUCAAAGAAUAAGCUUUUCAAGAUGUUUUAAGAUAGCACUUACUAAUUCAGAAUCACAUUGUUUUGUAGCAUUUGGAACAGAAAACUCUAUAGAAAUAUUUUCAUGUUUAAAUUCUGGACCAGGUUUAAGAUUUUCACCUCCACUUUAUAUUUCUACUUCUGAAGUUAAUAAAUUAAUUUGGGCAUCUGAUAAUAGAACAUUAUUUUAUCACACUGCAGGGUCACCUAAUAUUUUAAUUAUAUAUAUAUCACCUGCAAUACUAGCAGAUACACCUCCUACUAGUAGAAAAAUUCCUGCAGUUGUUAGUCUGCAAUUUGAAUCCAAUCGUCCUGAACCGAUAUCUAAUUUUGUACUUAAUCCGUCAUCUGAACGUCUUGUUCUUUCAUUCAAGAAAGCACCAUAUUUAGCCUCUUUUCAGGUAUACUUGGAUGCUGUUUUAAUAACGAAUACUCUUUCAAUAGUUUCGCCAAUUGGCUUUAUAUUUGGGCCCAAUACAAAUAAAAAUAAUGAUAUUAGCCUGAUUGAUAUGCAAUUUGCGCCAAAAUAUGUUGGAGGGGCAUUAUUAGCUACCAUUUGGAAUGAUAAAGUUACAUUUCUGCCAAUGAAAUUUGCCAGCAAAGCAGAAAUUGAUGACUUUUCCAAAACCAAUUGGUAA